AGGUUAAUCUUGUUCGUGUACCUCUCUCCCGACGGUUAAACAUGUUCAUGUGCUUCUCCGGAAGGGUAAUCCUGUUUAUGUGCCUUGCCAUGAUCUUCUCCCAGAGGUUGAGUGUGUGGGGUGCAGUAUUGAUGAUGUUGUGGGUGUACUAUAUUCUGGGGAAGAGACCAAGAAGUGAGGGAAGUUCUGACUCCUCAAUAUCCUUCUGUGAUGAUGAUUUGGAGGGGGUAGAUCUUUGUGGGUGAGAGGUGUGGUUAGAGGUAGUCCGGGAAGAUGGCGGGCACUUCAAUGGCUUGGGAUCACCGAAGGUGGAGAGGAGGAGGUCAAGGCAAACUUGAAGAGGGAGAGGUUGGCAGUGAUAGACCUUUGAACACUAAUGUAAAGUAUGAGAGAGUGUUUAAGCAUGAGACUUGGUUGUAUUGUUGUUGUUAUGUCUCGCUGCAUAUAUGAUAUGUUAUAUAGGCCGCAGGAGUAUUGGAGCCCAAGCAAACUGUUGGACAGGUGGCUCGUUCUCCUCAACUCUGCCAGAAGUGAUAUAAGUUCUUCUGCCGUCUGUGGCUUGCCGGCAGGCGGAGAGCAACAUUUCAUGGCAGGCAGAAAGUAACGUUUCGUAUAUGCAUCGGAUGACAUGAACGUAAGGUCAUUGUUGCCUCUUCUCCAAGCCUGGUCGAGAUAGAGUUGUCUUAGCAAGAAGACAACUAUCUCGACAAUCCCAUGACCUCAGUCGCCAGUCCAGUAUCCUCUGAUGAUCCCGACCAGUAGUGCCUAGGUCCUGCUUCCAACCCAGGCAUCCAAGUAGAUAAAUGGGCCAGGGCCCACCUUAGUGUUUAAGAGAGCCAAGGGCUCGCUUCCAAGUGACCAAGUAGGAGAAUAGGCCGCAGGCUUAUCUCAAUGUUUAGGAGAGCCAUUGUUUAUCAAUCCAAGUCCAAGUGAGCCAGGGGCUGAUUAUACUGUUGUUUGGCCUUGGAGCUAGGUAUGAAGGACCAUGGGCCCUGCGGGGCCAUGGUGCUGCCUGUUGCAGGGCUCUUCAUAUCUAGAUAUAUUUGGGCUUGUAUAUAUGCUCCCGCUUAGGCUAAGCAUAUAGUUUUGGUUGCCUUGGCACAUGGCGCCCAUAGGGCUCGCCAUGUAUCAAACAUACGACAUGCCAGACGUGGUGCCUUAUUGGUCUGCCACGUAGGUGGGGUUUUGGUGAUGUGGCACCUGUAGGGCUUGCCACGUAUUGAGCUUGAUACAAGUACCCACAAUCUUCCUCACAACGAUCCUCUGGUGAUCUCCUUAGAGGUGGGUGAUCACCCAGUGAACAAGAUCCUUGUGGAUACGGGCAGCUCGGUUAAUGUAAUGUACAACAACUUGUUCAAGAUGCUCGAGCUGAAGCUGGAGGACCUGAAGCCAACCAGUUAUGUGAUGCGUGGAUUCAACGGGGUGCUAGUGGAGCCCAUGGGGGAGGUAACACUUCCAAUUUAUGUAGAUCCAGUAACAGUACAGACAUUGUUUCUGGUGGUAAAUGUAUCUUCUCGAUACAAUGCUAUCAUUGGUAGAUGCUGGCUUCAUGAGAUGAGGGCAAUACCCUAAACUUACCACCAGUUACUCAAGUUUCACCUCGACACGGGGAUAGCAGCUAUCCGAGGUGAUCAAAGGGCCACAAAGGAGUGCUGCAUGAUUGAAGUAAAGGCGAAGGAAAAAGCCAAGAAGAUCGUUGCAGCAUCUGGUAUCGUUGCAGCAUCUAGUAUCACUGAUGGUUGUAUGAGAUCGGACAGUGGACCUAUGGCCGUUUUCAAUUUCGCCAAGUUUUCAGAAGAGGCAGAGACUGAUGCCAAGAUUGGAGGAGAUGACUCUUCUGUUGCGGCUGUGGAGAAGGUUGGUGCUUCUUACAGGUACACAGAUGAUAUGGAGCUCAAUGAUGCUGUCCACACAGCAAUCUUGACUUUAAAGGAGGGAUUUGAAGGACAGAUCUGAAAGAACAUUGAGAUUGGCAUAAUUGGCACUGAUAAAAAAUUCAGAGUACUAACACCAUCUGAAAUUGCUGAUUACCUGGAGGAAGUUGAGUAAUUAGAAAACGAGAAUGUAACAGAAUGAGGCAAAAUCUUUCUCUGAAGCUAGGUUGUUCUACCCUUAACGUUGAAACUCGUUUUAUUUGUUGAAAUUUGUGAAUUGAAAACUGUCCGUAGACCAGUUACUGUUGUGGAAAAUAUUCCGUGUUUAUGGCUACAUUAAGACACAAAAAUGGGGAAAUUUGAAUUAUCAAUGAUCUACGAUAAAACAUUUAGUGUUCUUCUCCA